AGGUGCUGCUCCUCCUCGGCCUAGCUGCUCUGGCCUCAGCCGACACUCCCAGAUACGCCUACAGUGCUCCUCGGGAUUCAUUCGAAGAUGACGCCAAGUAUAACUUCAACUGGGCCGUCGACCACGACGACUCCGGCAACGACUUCGGCCACCAGGAGACCCGUGACGGCGACAGCACUCAGGGGUCCUACUACGUGCAGCUCCCCGACGGCCGCCUCCAGACCGUCAAGUACUUCGUGGACGGCGACUCCGGCUACGUGGCUGAGGUCAACUACGAGGGCGAGGCACGCUACGACUCGCACGAGUCUCGGGAAACAUUCAGAGCCAGACCCGCGUACUCCGCUCCCACUCCUCGCUUCGACUCCCUUGAGUCCCGUGAGAGAGUCGUUCCCGCUCCCUUCAGGCCCCGUCACUUCGACUCCCGCGAAUCCCUAGAAAUCCCCAGCCGCCUCUUCGACUCCCGUGAGUCGCUCGAAAUUAGCAGACGCCCCUUCAACUCCCGCGAGUCCCUGGAGGACAUCCGCAGACAGUAUGGCUUUUGAAGGAUU